GCCUUGUGUUUGACCGCAGAACUGGAAAGUUACUUUGCCGUUCAACUGUCUAUGCGCGCGCUACUUAGAUCAAAAAUAUUCUUAUGUACGAAAAAAAAAAACUUUGUAUCUCCCAAAAGACGCUUCUGUGCUAUACAUUUUUAGUCAAAUAUAGUCGGGCCUUUGAUUCCGUCCUGAAUGGACAACGGAUUGUCCACAGAGCUGCAGAAGCGUCUGUGGUACCUAUUUGCGUGAAACCCUCGGCAUAAUGUAAAGAAAGAGAGAGAGCGCUGUUACUCUGUUCCGGGCCGGCGGAAACCCUGACGGUGGGAUUGGACUCUCCCCAAGCAACUGUCUUCUCCGCGUAAUUACAGACCAAUGCAUGGAUUUGGCAAGGCGGUGGAUUAAUUAGCGACAACAGAAGCGCGCAAGGAUGCAAAGUUUCCCUCAGUCUUAAUUUGGAGUUUGCCUUUAUCCAAGGGAUCCCCCUGUGACCAGUUAAACUCUUAAAGUCUGCUUGUGUCUUCGGAUUUUCUCUCUCGGACAUAUUAUGCAAGCCGGGCGGGGGUUACCUAUGGUGGCUUUUUGGUUACGCGCGGUUGCCCCCGUAACACAAUUAGAUGACAAGCUUUAACGUAUUGAAAUUCUUGAUACUGAGUAUUUUGGACACAUUCACUCGAGUACAUGGCUUCUAGUCUGGAGAGAGAGAUUCUGGAGAGGGAGAUGCGCCCAAGACUUUGCUAUUUGAGCAAAGGUGAGCGCGGUUACGGGUUUCACCUUCACGGGGAGAGAAGUCGGGGCGCACAGUUUAUCCGCAAAAUUGAACCCGGUUCGCCGGCAGACCUAUCUGGGCUUCGAUCCGGUGACCGGGUCGUAGAAGUUAACGGAGAAAACGUGGAAGGGGAGCCACACCAUUUGGUGGUGCAGAGGAUCUUGGCUGUGGAGAACAGGACUCGUCUGCUGGUGGUAGACAGGGACACGGAUGAGUUUCUGCGUUUCCACGGCCUUCCCUGCACCGAGGACAGAGCCGUCGAAAUGGGCUCUCUCUCCCCCCGCACAUCUGUGACCUCCAGCCCUCGCACCUCCACACCCUCCUCCCCCCGCACCUCUGUCCCCCCGUCUCCCAGGGAGUCCGUCACUCCUCCCUACACCAGAGAGAACGCAGACAAACGCAAACCUGUCGAAAUGACGACCAGGACAGACGCCCCAGUGAUCCUCGUCAACGGCAACCAGAGUCCCGUUCGAGGUCUGGCCGUGAUGAACGGGUCUCCAGUGUAUCGGCCACACAACACUCGACCUUUUAUGAUGACCUCCGCCCCCAGCUCUGACCCUGGGACUGAUCCCAGCCUUGACCUCAGUCUGUCAGACACCAGUGCGCACGAAACCUUGGAUGGCAAAAACAUCAUCGAGUUCGAGAGGCAAGACCACCGACCACGCCUGUGUCACAUCGUCAUGGGCAGCCAGGGUUACGGCUUCAAUCUCCAUAGCGACAAGAAAAGGGUUGGGCACUAUGUGCGCGUGGUGGACCCUGAUUCUCCAGCCGAGCAUGCGGGACUAAGGCCCAAGGACAGGCUCAUUGAGGUGAAUGAUGUGAAUAUUGAUGGGCUGAAACACUCAGAGGUGGUGGCUCUGAUCAGGGGGGGAGCAGGAGAGACCAGUCUGCUGGUGGUGGAUCCGGAGACAGACGAACUCUUCAAAAGGCUGGGCAUCAUUCCAACACGCACCCACCUGAAAGAGGACUGUGUGGACGGACCAAUGAUAGAGAGUCCUGUGAUGGACAGUCCAAUCACAGACAGCUCCACAUCGCCCUCACCAAUCCCGGACAGCUCUGUGACCUCUGCACCAAUCAUAAACAUCGCGCUGACGGACAAGGCGAUGACGAACGGCUCACCACGACACCGUAACCACGGAAGCUCCUCCUCCCACUCCACCAUGUCAGAACUGAGCACUGAACUCAGCAGCUCUGACACCAGCCACAAGAUGGCCGAUUUUGAUGAUCACGACCGAGAUCGAGAUCGAGGUCAAGAUCGAGAUGGGCAUCGCGAGUCAGCGCAGCCAUCGCUGGACCCAUUUUGGGAGAGCGGCCUGCGACUGAGCCCCACAGCCGCCGAGGCCAAAGAGAAGGUCAGAUCCAAGAGGAGCAAGAAAAGAGCGCCCCCUAUGGACUGGAAUAAGAAACAGGAGAUCUUCAGUAACUUCUGAAGCUGAAAACUUGGCUGAAAACAACAGUAACGAGCCUUCAUAACUUUGUUAAUUUUGUCCCAGUACUUGCCUGAAUAACACCAAAGAUAUAGAGAAAGCUAAAACAAAACAAAACAAAACAAAAUCUUUUAUAUCCUGAAGGGAAAUUAAACUGAAAAAAAAAACCCUCUCUCCCCAAAAACUGACGAAGCUUUGCAUGGCACCUUUUCCAUUCAUUCUAUGCCUCUCCACAGAUUCAUGCUUGUGAUAAACGUUUUCUAAACAGUAGAUGAAUCACCCCAAGAGUCAUAACCUGCCAUUUGACUGCCAGAAACUAUAAACCAGAUACUUUAACAUCAGAGAAAUUGCUGAAAAUUGUUAUAGAUACAGCCACACCAUAUAGAGUGUGACUAUAAACUCAUAGUCGCAGUACAGAAAAAACUAAAACGCAGAGAAAGAGAGAGAGAGAGACAGAGUGAAGCAGAAACGAUAAUGAUGGAGGAAAACUGCACGUGUGAGAAACAUGAGAAAAAGAGGAAGCAAAAGCGGAACAGAGAAUGAAAAAAAACAAAGGCAAUGCAGGAAGUGGCAACGCUGCUGGGAGGAUGUUUUGUGCCAGCAGAAGAAACGAGAAAGAGACGUUGGUAAAAACAGAGAGACAAAGACUGACAGAAACAGAGAGAG